AUGACUUCCGAUCAACUGCACCCCAGUCAUGAGAAUGGCACUGAGCCAGCCUCCCAAGAAUCGAUUUGCGAGUCCAAAGUUUAUCACCAUACUAAGAACAAAGAUGGCAGAGACCAAUGCAAAGAACAGCUUCAGGACUCUGAGCCAACGAAGAACUCUGAAGACGACGAGGAUAGUCCGUAUGCCUUGAUUGUCAGAAGACGAUUUUCAGAGAAGCGAGAAGUCGAGUCAACUACAGUAUGCAUCAACUCGCCACUGAUUCACAAAGCAUUCCAAGAUGUCAUCGGGUCUUAUCCGACGGUCGCAUCAGACUUCAAGAGCUCUUUCAAGCUUGAGAGCCCAUUUCAGAUCCUUCUGCACUACUGGGACCCCCUCGAAGCCUACCGAGAUGAAGCCGAUUCUCCUCGGAUGCGGCAACAUCUCAACUUACUCUUCCGUUUCAUGGAAGAAGAAAUGGGCCCUGAGAGACGCACCCUCCAACAUAUGCUUCAGAAGCAAAUGAUCACCUUUAAGCAGGCAUGGGUAAUCUACCGUCCCGGAGACCUUGUUGUCAGCGAAGUUCUGGGAAAGUCAUGGUUAUCACGCGUGGAAAAAGUGUCUUAUGGGACAAGCCGAAACCGCGGACCAGCGAUUACUUUGCGUCAGACCAUCCAGCCAAGAUCAAAAGACUUCCAGUUUAUCCACGAAAGUUCUGUGACCGGGGCCCGGCCGGACCUGGAGACGGAGCUUCUUGAGCGGGGCAAGAAGUUCAUCACCAAUCGUGGGAUAUUGACCAAGGACUAUGAUGGCAUCGCAGAGUGGCUGAAAGAACCUCCCCUCGACUUUUUUGAUCCCAACAUGGCAGACUAUCCGCCUAUCUGGCUGCCAUUCACAGAAACCGGACGUGUCGUGCUCGAUCGCAAGACUUUCGAAGAAGACAACUAUAGCCACGUUACGAUGAUUGAAGAGGUUGAUGAUCCGGAGCUUUUUCUCUGCCCGCCAUAUGCCUUAGGGUACUCUACUGGCCGAAAGGAGUGGUGUCGCUAUCUGGUCGAUAAUCUGAGGGAUGUGGCAUGGAAGGAGAAUGCGUGGUCAUCACUGAUCCUUGAUCAGGAACAGAAACAGGUCUUGAAAGCCCUCGUCAUGUCACACAAACAUCCAGAGAGAGUCAGGAGCCUGUCAGAACAAAAGGGUAAAGGAUUGGUGGUCCUUCUGCAUGGAACUCCUGGUUCAGGUAAAACGCUCUCUGCAGAAACAGCAGCUGAGAUGUCCAAAAAGGCGCUGCUGUCCACAAGCAUGAGCGAGCUAAACAGAUAUGAUAGGCUUAAACAGAUCCUACAAUACGCUACAACCUGGAACGCAAUCAUCCUAUUUGACGAAGCAGACGUCUUUCUCGAGAGCCGAGACUUGACUUCCAACAGUACUACUCGCAAUGCACUUGUGGCCGUAUUUCUAAAACACCUCGAAUAUUUUUCAGGAAUUGUCUUUCUGACGACAAGCCGCCUCAGCAGUAUAGACGCUGCGAUGAAGUCCCGCAUCCACCUGUCACUUUCAUUCGGUCCUCCCGAGGCAGAAGUUCGCCGCCAGAUCUGGAAACAGAACCUCGAAGCUGUCCCAGUCGAUGAGACAGAGAUCGGUGGGAAGGAACUGAGUAGUCAGGCAGCUGAAGACCUGAUACAUCAUAAGCUUAACGGACGUGAGAUGUCCAAUGCUCUCAACACAGCGAGGACUCUUGCGAGAUUUGAGGAGGUCAAGUUGAGUUUACAACAUAUUGAGACGGUACUCAAAGUCGGACAGACAUUUAGGAAGCAUAUAGAAACUUAG